UCUGACCUCACUGUAGUUUAGUGAGAGACUCAAAGUGAAACUCAGUCAACAACAAUACGAACGUGUGAAUCGACACGAUCAACCUCCUUAAGCAAAAUAAUAUUUAUUGAGCCAUUCAGAGACCCUUGAGGACACAUUUUAUGAUCACUGGCAUGAGGCAUAAGUGAAGAACAAUGGCAGAAUCUUCCUCAACACCACCGUACAGACGAGGAAGGAGAGGAAGUAUAGAAGAACGUCCAUCAUUCUCAGAUCAGCCUGUGAGAAAUCUAUGUCAGAAACAUGAGAGACCUCUGGAGAUGUUCUGUAGAGAUGAUCAGCUGACUGUGUGUAUAGAGUGUGCUGUGAAAAGCCACAUGUACCACAACACUGUUUACAUAAAAGAAGAGAGUAAAAAGAAGAAGACUCAACUGAUGGAGACACAGAAAACAAACAAACAGAUGAUCCAGGACAGAGUCAAGAAGAUUGAAGACAUCAAACACUCAGCAGAAGUCAGAAAAAGAAAAACAGAGAAGAAGAAAGCUGCCAGUGUUGAGCUCUUUACUGAUCUCAUCCGCUCCAUUGAGAGAUGUCAGACUGAACUACUGGAGAUGAUGGAGGAGCAGCAGAAAGCAGCAGAGAAACAGGAGCAAGAGAUCAUUAAAGAUCUGGAGAAGGAGAUCACUGAUCUAAAAAUGAGAAACACUGAGCUGGAGAAGCUCUCACACACUGAAGAUCACCUCCACCUCCUACAGAUUUCCUCAUCCCUGGACAGCUUUACAAAAACUAGGAGUGACAGGAACUUGCCAGAGAUCAGAAUGAAGGCAGAUGAGAGUCUGGAGCCUCUGAGCAGAACUCUGACUCAACUGCACGAUACUCUUCAUGAGAAACUCACGGAAACUGAAGUGAAGCUAAAGCAGCAGUUUGCAGUGGAUGUGACUCUGGAUCCUGACACAGCUCAUCCAAACCUCAUCCUGUCUGAUGAUGGAAAACAAGUGAGACAUGGAAACACUGAGCAGAAACUAGCAGACAACCCAGAGAGAUUUGAUACAUGUCCUUGUGUCCUGGGAAAGGAGGGAUUCUCCUCAGGGAAGUUUUAUUUUGAGGUGCAGGUGAAAGGAAAGACUGACUGGACUUUAGGAGUGGCCAGAGAAUCUGUUUACAGGAAGGGAAAGAUCACACUGAAUCCUGGGGAUGGAUACUGGACUGUGGACCCCUCCAUCUCCCGGUGUCUGAGUGACACAACGCAGCGGAUCGGUGUGUUUGUGAAUUAUGAGGAAGGUCUGGUCUCCUUUCAUGAUGUGGAGUCCGGCUCUCUCAUCCACUCUUUCACUCAUCAGGCAUUCACUGACAAACUCUAUCCAUAUUUUAACCCAGGCUUCAAUAAUGGAGGUCAGAACUCAGGCCCACUGAUCAUCACAUCAGUCAGUUACAAUAAAUAAAUUUCCACCACUUGUAUAAAAUACUGGAUAAAUAUUUUUUUAUAAUUAAAAAUCAAAAUGUAUUAAUUAUGCAUGUUAAUGGGUCUGGUGUGCUUUAAAAACAACAUAUAUGAACAGUUAAUCCUUUGAAUAGUAGCGCUAUAAUCUUUUAUAUUUUUACGUACAAAUAUUGCUUACUUUCGAAUAUUCAAUAAAUUAUUUUAUUGCACAAAAUGUUCUGUGAUAGUGGUAGGGCCUUUCGUCUGAGAUUAGAUAAAAAUACCUUAAUAUAUUAUAAAACUUUGAUUUCCAUAUUUGUGGUAUAUACCACAGUACUUCAAGGUACCAAAAAAAUACCAAAUCACAGUUUUUGUUUGAAGUGUCAAAUCCAAUGAUGUGCCCACUGACUUUGAGAGUCAUGGUAAAUAAUCCUGACGUGUGUUAUGCGUUUAUUUUUUGGUUCACUAUAGGUUAUAUAUAAACACUGAGAUUAAUCUGAUAGAAACAUCAGGCUCAAUACAAACUGAUACACAUGAACCCAAGUAUCUGUAUUUUACUGGAGUAGUUUUAAUUUGAGUAAUUUACUUCACUACAUUCCAAACUAUAAGAUUAUACUUUUUACUUCACUGCAUUUCAUAUUGUUUCUCCUUAUAGUACUGUAAUAUAUCAUGUGCUCUGACAAGCAGAAGCGGUUUCUGAUUCAUGAACGAACUGGGUCUUUUCAAUUAACCUUUUAAAUCAGUUUGCAAAUCGCACCAAACGACUCGUUUACGAAUUAGAAUGAUCAGCCCAGAGUGCAGUCUGGACGAUGGGGUGGGGCGACACGUUGGGGUGGAGCGACACGUGUCGCCCCGCCCACCUCAGCGGUAAUUGGUUUAUGAUUAAGAUAAGCUUAUUGGUGUACAGAUGAGUGACGAUUUUACAGCUUAUUGGUAUAGAGAAUUAUGACGCUGUGAGCAGGAUUGGAAAGCGGAAGUAGACACUCAGAUGAAUAAACUUUUUAUAUAAAUUAAAAAGCGAAUAUAAAUGUUGUGUUUUUGCAUUUAUUGUUGCGUUUCCACAACACCCCGUAUAAAUACAAAGAGUUUUGGAUUACGACGAACAGAAUAGAAAUAAAUGGUCCACUCCCUCAAUGGCUGUAGACGCUACCUAGGCAUUACUUGCUGGUUUGAAAAUGACACAGCAUUAUAAUCAGGGUUCUAAAUUAUCACCAGCCAAUGUGGCUAGUAACUUUCUAAAGUUACCAGCCAAUCAGAAUUUCCACUAGCCAUUUUUUUUUUCCGGUAAAAAUAACAAAUUAUGAGUGCCUCUAAAUGCAUUUGAUCAUUUUAUUAACAUUGUUGGCAUGAAAAACAUCAGUUUAUAAACCGUACUCACGAAUUCAUAAACUGUUACCUUGGUUUAACAAAUUGUGCCCACGAAUUUCCAAUCCGUGCGCUCAGUUUUUGUAAACUGUACCCCUGGUUUUUGAAUCCGUACCCACAAAUUCAUAAUCCGUGCGCACACUUUCGCAAAACGUUCCCACGGAUCUGUGAACCGUAGGCUACUCACGGAUUCAUGCAGCAAGCUCCUGUUAACAUACAGUUUUAUUGACUAUUAUUAUGUGGAAUAGGUUUAAUAAUAAUAAAGGAAUAAUCUUAUAAUAGCAACUGAUUAUUAUUGUAAAAUAAACCUGGCAUUGUGACUAACUCUGGAGUAAAUUUUUCCAGUUUUUUCCUGUUCCUGUUGUAAAUUGUUUUGGAUAAAAGAUUCUUAUGCAUAACCUGUAUAAUAAUAUAUAAUAAUGAUAAAAAUAAAAAUAAAGUUAUUUUUAUCAUUUUAAUUUGUAUCAUUUUAAUUCAUG